GUACAUCUCUCUCUGCCUCACAGACACACAAAAAAAUGGCUAAACCCACAUCACCAAAUGACCGAUUUGCCCUUUUUCUCACAACCCUAUUUUUUCUGAUCCUAACCGUUUCCAAACCGGUCAUCUCUCAAAACUGUGGCUGCGCCUCUGACUUCUGUUGCAGCAAAUUUGGUUUCUGUGGUACGACCGACGAAUUCUGCGGUGAGGGCUGCCAGGCAGGACCUUGCCGGAGCGGUGGUGGUGGCAGCGGAGAUCCUGCUGUUUCACUUGAAGGAACGGUGACACCUGACUUCUUUAACUCUAUACUCAACCAAAGAGGUGAUUGUCCAGGUAAAGGAUUCUAUACUCACGACACCUUCAUCGCCGCAGCUAAUUCUUACCCUAGCUUCGGUGCUUCAAUCUCCAAGCGCGAAAUCGCUGCGUUUUUCGCUCAUGUAGCCCAAGAAACAGAGUUCAUGUGCUACAUUGAGGAAAUUGAUGGACCAGCCAAGGCUGCAGCCGGAGAGUACUGCGACACAACAAAGCCAGAGUUCCCAUGUGCACAAGGAAAGGGCUACUAUGGUCGUGGUGCAAUCCAGCUCUCUUGGAACUACAACUACGGUCUUUGCGGCAGAGACCUGAACGAGAACUUAUUGGCUUCACCAGAGAAAGUGGCUCAAGACCAGAUUCUUGCCUUCAAGACCGCUUUCUGGUUCUGGACCACUAAUGUUCGCGCGAGUUUUAAAUCGGGCUUUGGCGCGACCAUCAGAGCUGUUAAUAGUAGGGAGUGCAGCGGAGGGGAUUCUACAGCCAAAGCCGCCAACAGGAUUAAGUAUUUCCAAGACUAUUGUGGCAAGCUUGGAGUUGCUCCUGGAGAUAACCUCACUUGUUAAAUUAAGUUUCCUCUGUAUCCAUCCAAAAGAACCAGUAUUUGAAAUAUAUAAGAAUAAGAGAUCACAUAAGAGAAAGUAUCAUAUUAGUAUAAUAAUGUUGUAAACUUAUAAUCGUGUCAAUAAAUGAUUUCUUAUGCA